AUGGGAUGUGGGGCAAGCCAUAAGUACGAGGUAAGUACUUUGUCUGGCAUAGAGGAGGAUAAGCCGAAACAGGAGGGUCUGUCAGAGAACAGUAGGUCUCUGGGCCGUGACUAUCAUCCAGAAGGAUAUGUCGACGGAGACAAGCCUGCAAAGUAUCGGCCGGAUCCCGAUAUGGAUGGAGUCGAGGUCACUUCUGUGGAAGGUGAUGGCGAACUGGCAAAAGCGGUUGCGGCAGCCAACGACGAAAAACUUCUCAUGAAGUACGCUCAGUCCUCUGCUGAAGGCAAGCGGCGAUCUGGCUCUGCAAGACGUGUUUUCGCACCUUCAAGCGGCCCUCUGUCAGGGGAGCCUUUGCAAAUCAGCAGAGGGUCUCCUGAACCUGAAGCUGGAGAACUCGUUCUGGCAAACAACAGAGUAGGGGGCCUACGUUUGCAGCAUCAUCUUGCUGAUCGUGAAAGUCCAGGACACCUCAAGGGUGCUGGCAUGGCGCACGAGGCAAAUGAAAUGAGUAGACCUCUUGCACGUGCGUAUUAG